GAAUUCACGCAGUGACAGGCGGUAGUGACAAGUGCCUCGGCGAUGUGCAGUUAAAAAAAGAUUUUCUAUUUUUUACUUCGAUAUUUUCCGUCAAUCGCGACAAUUAUUCAGUCCGCUUCAUGAAUUAAAAAUGUCCAUGAAGAAAGAAUCCCCGUGGGACGUGGAGCUGCAUCUGUCAGCGGCACGUGGUGAUGCGAAACGUCUUCGCGUUCUCCUCGAGUCGGGACGGGUUCAUAUUGACUGUAAAGAUAAGGACGGCACGACCCCGCUCAUAUUGGCGGCCGCUGGGGGCCAUAUUGAAGCUGUGACCGAGCUAUUACAGCAAGGGGCGGAUCCUAAUGCCAAAAGGCUGACAUCAACGACAGCUCUGUUUUUCGCUGCCCAAGGGGGCUUUGUUGACAUUGUUAAUUUGUUAAUUGAACACGGAGCAACUGUCGACUCCUGCAGCAUAGACGGGGGCACCCCUCUCUUCGUGGCAUGUCAGUGCGGUCAUCUGGAUGUUGUCGAGAGUAUGAUCGAGAGGGGGGCCAACGUUAACGCACACAUGAAGGACGGAGCGACGGCGCUAUUUAUAGCUUCUCAGAACGGUCACGUGCGGAUUCUGGAGGUUUUGCUGGAGCACGGGGCAAAGACCGAUGCGGCGAGAACUGACGGGGCAACACCACUGUGGAUUGCAGCGCAAAUGGGACACGAUCACGCUGUCAGGAGGCUCCUCAAGGCUGGGGCCAAGGUCGAUGCCACGAGACACGACGGAGCGACUCCGCUGUUCAAGGCGUCCCAUAAGGGCCACACGUCGGUUAUUGGGGAGCUGCUGAAGUACCGGCCGUCUCUGGGACUUCUCCCGAACGGUGAAAGUGCACUGCAUGCAGCAGCCUUGACGGGACACAUGACCGUGGCGCGUCAAUUGGUGGGGGCUGGCGCCGAUCCACUUUUAGUCAAUCAGGAGGGACUUACGCCUCUUCAGCUAGCGCUCAGGCAUUCGCAGGGGCAGGUUGCCAAUUACCUCAAAGACAGGGUCAGGUCAAGAACUGCAUCUCAUUGAUAAAUAAUGCCUAAAUGCAAUAUUAAAAAUUAUAAUUGUUUUGUAAUUCGCAAAUUUCAAAAUUUUCGGUUUCAAAAAUACGAGGGGAAAAAUUAAUGAACAAAUUUGUUGGAAAGAUCGGAAAGUUUAUGCAGGAGAUAUUUUCGAAGAUUUUCAGCAAAACGUUCUUUGGGAUAAUUCCGUUGUUUGCGAUAGAUUAAAUUAAAUUAUCUGUUAAAUUAUCUGAUCUGUCGAAUAGCGUCAAGAGAUUUUGGCAAAAAACCGCGGGAAAAAAGUUAUAUAAUCGAAAUUUCAGAUUAAAUUCAAAUAAAAAAAAAUAAAACGUGCAAAUGAUAUGCGAUGCUUGAUGAUCGUGAUUUGCAGGUUUUUUAUUCUCUGAGGAGGUCGAGGAGACAAUGAAAACUGUAAAUACACGAGGACACUAAUGACAAAAAAGUUAUUUAUUAUGAAAAUGUUCCUCCCGAGAGAAUGUAAAAACCGUCCUCUAGUUUUAGUGCAACUUCAUCGUUUUUAAUACUUUAUUGAGACUGUAAAUGCCUUAGAAGUCGUAUUGAAGUGUUCAUAAUGUAUGAAGAACGUUGAUUAAUGUAAAAACAUCCUUGAAACUCCAUUUUUUAAUAAAUUUUAAGAGAGAGAGGGGGUGAAGUUGAUUUGUUACUAAAUGAUUUCAAAGCAAAAAUUGGAAGAACAAUAUUCCCCAAGAUGACUGAUUAAAUGUUACUUUAUGAUGAUAAAGGACAUCGGGAAUUUAUUUUUUCUGGAACAUUUGAUUGUCUGCAUGAGAGAGGGAGAAUGACUUGACGAUUUUUAAGACGAUUAAAUUUUCGAUUAAAAAUAUAUUGCUUGAAACUUUGUAAAUCAGUUGCCAGGAGAACUGGUGGAGAUGAACAAGUGAAUCUCGUUUCUCAUUAGUAAAUUCAACUGAAUAAUAAGGAACUAUUUUUCCAGUCUUCCUACUAACUUAUUGUGGAUAAAUACAUAAUGUUUGUUAAUCGUUAUAAAGUUAUUAAAAGAAAUAAAAGAAUUCUAUGAAUAAA